AGAAAACGCGCAUGAAUACAUUUAAAACUUUUGAGUCUCGUAAAGUGAUAUUCGACCUUAUUUAAAUACGUCAUAAAUUUUCAAAGAGAAACUGAUGUUGACUGGAACGAGGAGUACUAGUAUCUGAAACUUGGUUCAUAUGAUGGCACAGGAACAAGGAAAAACUAAAAUAACGGAUCUUCAGCAUCUCAUCACGCUUACAAGUUCGGACAAUAUGUCCAUGCACCAUUUAAAAGUCAGUCGAGGCUUGUAUGAUCACCAUUACAUUUUGCUAGGGCACAAGUGGGAGGAUGAAGCCUGUGAAAUAAUACAUUACACGGUCAACACAGACUUAAAUGUGAUUGGCAAAGGAAUCGCAAAGAAAGAGAUGCUAUCUAGAGAACAGCUCAAAGCCGACAUCGAGAAAGAAUUAUAUAUUAUAAACAAUGAUGCAUAUCCGAGAAAUUCAGAGGCUAUUGCAACUGCCUGGAGCAGAUGGCGAGGGAGGGAGGGAGAAACAAGGUACUAUGUCUCAGCUAGCAACUGUGAGAAUCUUGUGACGUACAUAUUGACAGGAGUUUCACAAUCAGAGCAGUGGAACCUGGCUGGAUUUUUCAAAAGGGCCUUGGGGGACUCUAUAGAUGUACUCAUUUGCGAGUGGCUAGAAACCUUGUUAAAGGGAUGUGCAAGCAUCUUGGUUUCUCCGUUGCUCAGACGUCACUCUAAAAAAUUCGCAACUGAAAUAAAUGAAAAACUAAAAGCAAGAAAUUGGGCAUCACGAGCAGCAGUAAGAUUCAUAAAUAUUUUCCGACAAUCGCCAAUGACACGUGUACCAAAAUUUCUUAAAAAUUCGUAG